UAAAGAGGAGACUUUAAAUAAAUUAUGACCUUAUGGUGUGAGGCUGCAAGCAAGAACUGAACAGUAAAAAUAGAAAAUUGUUUAUGAGUGAAAUAAAAACUAAAGUUUAUGCGAAGAGUGUACCGUUUAAACAGAGCAAAGAUCCAACGGUACCCUUGGAGCAAAUAUCCAUCUAUCAUCUUAGAUAUCGCUUUCAACCAAUAUUUCAAAAAUUUAGUAAAAAAAUGGCUUGCUGCCCUAGUUACUAUUCCUGUUAUUAUCCUCGCGCGCCAUGUACUCCAAAUAUGUGUUAUCCACGUAUCUCUUGUUGUUCGCCAUGUAGGACAUCGUGCUGUUAUUAUCCAUCGUAUAGCUGCUGUUCCCCGUGCGGCUUUUACCGUGGCUGCUGUUAGAGGAUAAUGGAUAAGCAUUAACAAUUCACAAUGGGAAAGAAGUGACAUAUUUCUUUUACAUGAAAUGGUUCUAGUACAUCCGCUAUAUAUUCUAAGUGAACAAAAUCAAACGCUCAUCUAUAACAAUCACAUGAGAAAAUCCUCUCAAUUAAGCCGAUGAUUAAUAAAAAAAUUGUAUUAAUUCUGUUGAAAAAGUAAUGUAAACAUUAUCUGAAGGCAUAAAAAAUGGAGUCGAAAAAGAACAAAAAAGUUUCUGGAUAUAAAAAUUCUAAAACAGAAGGAGCUAAUGGUCAGCGCUUAAAAGGAGCAGGAAAGUUUGCUGAAAUUGAAAUUCGCAAUGUUGAAACCGAUUCAAGUAAAGAAAGUGAUGCUACUAAGAAAAUUGAAUCUCAAAAAUCGAGUGUAUCAAGUAAGUCAAAAAAAUCUGACUUAAGUGAUGUUUCUGACGAAAUCGUCAUAUCGGAAUUUAAAGAUAAAAGCUCCUCUUCAUUUGAAGAAAAUGAAAGGAAAAAUGUGAAUAAAGCAAAACAGUUAAAAAACUCCAACAAUAAUAAUUCAACCGAUGAUACAAAUAAUAAAUUGGAUGAUUACAAGUUUAUUGCAUUGACUAAGUGGGUCGACAUCAAGGAUAAGCCAAAUUUGAAAGAUAGUGUACGCCAAAGUUUUGUAAAUGAAUCAAGUGAAACAGACGUGGAAAAUCAAUCUAAAAAUAAAAAAAAAACUGAAAAUUCUGAAUCUGGCCGUAGACGUAACUACGAUAAGGCUUCUAAUACUAGUUAUCAAGCGAAUUCCAGUUCAAAUGGAACUACCCAUAAAAGCGGAGAUACCAGUGAAGAUGAAGACAGUCAACCUUAUAACAAUUAUCUAAAACAGAGUUGUUCUCUUCCAACACUUACAAGUCUUAAGGCACCAAAUGGUAUAGAAAAAUUGAAGCGUCAGUUAAUGGGAAAACUUUUAGAGACUGCAAUGUGCAGGCGUAAAAGUAAAUGGAGUUUUAGAAGAAAAUGUUGUAAGCAACCACCUCCACCGUUACCAGUUGAAAAUCUUACAAAAGGCUGUGUUAUUCAACAAAUUUUACAUUACAAUGAAUCAGAUGAAGAUUCGUGUUUUAGUGAUACUAGCGAAGACGAUGGCUCUAAUGCUAGUAUUCAUUAUAAUAGUCCUUGCUGUGAUUCUUUUACUCGUCAUUGUAGUUCUAACUGCUCAUCUCGUUCUUCAUAUAGUGGUAAUUACGGUAUGCAGAGUGAAUGUGGGCAAAGUCCAUCCUAUUGUCCAACCUAUUAUAAUCCAUAUUACUGUUCGGGAUAUUGCUAUCCGCAGUGUGGCAAUAUGUGCUUUAAUCCUUAUCCAUUUCCUAUGGAAGCAUCAACAAACUAUUGUACAAAUAACUUUGCCUGUCCAAAGCCAAACAAAUGUAAGUGUUGCGUACAACCGACAAUAAAUGAAAACAAUUGUAAAUUAAAGCAUUGCAGUUUUUCAUCACAUGCUGAUGUAGAACAGUGCAACGGUUUUGGGGAACCAUUUGCAGCGUAUUUUCCGCAGGCUUCAGAGGAGACCGUUUGCUAUAAGUGCAAGGCUGUGCCAAGCAACUCGUCAGGAAGAGCUUGCUGUUCCAGAUCCGAUAAAAUUAAACUACUACAGAAUAGUAACUCAUAUAUAUCCGUUAAAUCAGAAGUCGACAAAAAUGAGCUUUGUGACGUUAACAAUAAAAUUGAAUAAAAAUAGUUGGUAAGUGCAAAUAUUUUUCAUU